AUGAGCACACCGGCAUGCAAGCAACACGCCCGAACCCGGCUCGGCUUCGCUCGAUUUGGAUACCUCGUCACGCCUCAUGAACUCUGCGAGUCACACAACCGGCCUGCACCGUCCAAACCUGACCUCAUCCCGCACAUCGACCAAUCAUGGCCUUUGCCUACCUUUGAGGGCUGGAAGCCUCUUCGACGCCUCUCGUAG